CAAGGUGCAUGAGAUUGGACCUUGCUCCCAGAGAACCAUGCUGGGUGUGCUGGUGGCAGCCGUGGCCGGGCUGCUGCUGCUGCUGCUUCACGGCCACUGGUUCCCCUUCCUCUGGGCUGACCUGGGAGCCUUUGUGACUUUGGUGGGCUCAUCCCUGCGGUGCCGCUGGCGUUUGUCCCGCCGGCCUCCCAUCACCCUCCUGCAGGUUUUCCAAAGCCACGCUCGACGCCGACCCCAGCACCCCCUGCUGCUGUUCCAGGAUGAGGUGCACACCUUUGGUGACGUGGAACGGAAGAGCAACCGCGCUGCCCGUGCCUUCGCUCUGCAUUUGGGUUUGCAGCCGGGCCAAACCGUGGCUGUUUUCCUUCCCAAUGUGCCUUCCUACGUCUGGACGUGGUUGGCACUGGCCAAGCUGGGCUGUGCCAUGGCUUGCCUCAACUGCAACGUGCGUGGCCGUGCGCUGCUGCAUGCGCGGAGUGCUGCACGGGCAGACAUCGUGCUCAGCUGCAGUGAGCUCCAGGCUGUCGUGGAAGAAGUGCUGCCUGACCUGAAGCAGGAAGGCGUCCGUGUCUUCUAUCUGAACUCCACAUCACCCACACCAGGGGUUGAGGCUCUGCUGCCUGCCAUCGAGGCUGCCUCUGAUGAGCCAAUGCCCGACCACUAUCGCACCCGUACCACCACUAACUCCAAAGCCAUCUACAUCUACACCUCUGGCACCACUGGGCUGCCCAAAGCUGCAGUGGUCACAGAGAUGAAGGUGAUGAUGGUGGCCAACCUGGCACGGAUGUGUGGCCUACGAGAAAACGACGUCGUGUACACAACACUGCCGCUCUACCACUCGGCUGGGCUGCUCAUUGGGGUGGGAGGCUGCCUCGAGGUCGGUAUGUGUCCCAUGUCCCUUGGGGGCUGGCCAGCGUGGGUGUUAGGACAGCUGGACUGGGCUGAGGGGGAUGGACAGGUGGGGAAAUGUGCGGGGAGAGGCAAGAGGAUGGAGAGAGAGAUGACAAGAAGGAGGAAAAGGAGCUGCGUCCGUAACGAGAUGAGUGAAGAACGGGUGGAUGUUUUAUGGAUCUGGUUUGAUGCUUUAUGGAGAAGGAUGGAUGGACAGAUUUGUGGACGGAUAUACGGAGAUGGGUGGACGGUUGCUUUACGGUGCUGCGUAUUUUUUAGAGAUGGGUGGAUGUAUUAAUGGAGAUGGAUCAGCGCGGUCUGGAGAUGGACUGAGGGACGAUGGAAAAACAUGCAAGAGUGGAGGGAAGAAACAUAGUGAUUUACAAACAGAUUAGUGGAUAGGCAGAUGUCCAAAAA